UAGCCAGCUGAAGAAUGCUAAGUCACUGUGCUGGACGCAUGGGACUUUACCAUCGCAGCAGUUCUGCGGUUGCACAAAAUAUUCGUCGGAGUUUAUUACAUUCCUAAGCUAUGCCAAAAAGAUUAGCUACUAACGGAACAUUUUGCAAUACCCAUACCCUGGCUAGCGUUAUAAAAAGCCGCUGCUCCGAGCAUAUUUUUACAAAAUCGUUUUAGCUAUCAGAGAUCUGCACUCCCUCCUGCAACUCUGUAUAUAAUAGACUCUAGUGCUGCAAUGAAUACCUUUACCACCAUCACCGCCCUACUAGUGUUCUCGGCACUGGCAGCAACGAGCCCCCUGGCCAAUGCGGCGCCCUCACGCAGAGCGCUCUGCACGUUCAUAUCUUACAAGACGUUUCAGAAACUGGAACUGCUUGAAACGGAUCAGUCACAGCAUUGGGCCAAGACAGUGGAGCGACAACUGAGUUUGAUCUCACAACCCUGCCUCAGCUGUACCAGGUCCACAUCAUGCGGCAAGACAGCGACACCUACCUGGUGUACAACAACGGGAACUUCUCCAACGGCACACCCCAGGACGACAACCACGUGUUCCUAGUGGAAUACACUCCCGACGGUCAAGCCAUCACGCUCAAAGCUGUGAACCACAAGUACAGCAGCACUG